AUGCACGUGGCUGCGCAAAAGCGGCGGGGUGCCCGGGGCGCCUCGAUCUCAGAUUGCAUUGCGGACAUCAUCGUGAAGGGUGAUUUGGGCCGGAAGGAUGCCGUUGUCCUCGACCGCUUGAUGAGCCAUUUGCGUGGGGCCACGGGCCACUCGUUCACCAAAGCCGCGGACACGGACCACCCCAAGCCAGGGGAGUUCAUCCAUUUGGCCUCCCGCGAUGCACAGGCCCCCUCCGGGAUCAUCAAGGUGCUGGCCCAGAACAUCGAAGACAUUGGGAAGAUCUACGCGGCGUUCCACGGGCAGGCCGUGCAGAUUGGUCAAGAAGUGGUUGGCAUCGAGGUUUGCAACGAUCUCCUCCUCUCUGAUGCUGGACAGGAAAACGGAGCGAGGGGUCAGCAAUAG